AUGCCUUCUCCUCCUGCUUAUACAAUUCUUAGACGCCAACAAUCCGUUUCAGAUUCCGAAAAACCAACUACUACUUCCUCAUUGUUGACACCCUCAAAAAUAAAAACUAGUCAUCGCCAUCAUUCUUCCGCUUCAAAAGAAAAUCGUAGUAGAUCGGACGUCAGUCAUUCUCAUAAUAAUAUCAAAAAUAACAAGAGUAGUAAGCGUCAUCAUAAUCGUCAACAAGAAUCAUUUUCAAGCCUUAAAACAGAUUCUAGCGAUGAAUCCGAUGUAAAUAGUAUAUCAAAUACUCACUUGAAGUCAGUGUCACCUGUAAUUUCCGCUAAUAACAAUAACAACAUUCAUCACCUUAACCGUCUUCAAACUGGCAUUUUUCCUCUUAAUUCUGUUCUUGAAGAAGCAGCUAACAAUGAUAAUGUUUUAAGAAAUGCCAAUAAGCACACUAGAAGUAAAAGUUCAUACGACAAACCUAACAACGCACAAGAAUUGCGAAGACCACAUUCCGAUUACCAAUCAUCAUCUAUCCAAGAAUCGAAUAAGCUAACUGUCACCCAUUUUUCCGACAACGAUGAAUCACGUUCUAAAUCAUCAAAGCCCUAUUCUCGCAGACCUUCUUUCUCAGGAUCACCACCAUCCAAACUCGACUCUAAAAAACUUUAUGCUGGUCCCACUUUCAAUAAUUCACCUGAUCCUAGUGAAUUGCCUAUUCCUUCUUUCCUCGAUAGUAAAUCUUUGACUAAAGACUCUCCACUAUCUACAUCUACUUACAAUAACAAUUCUUCAUCCACCAUCAUCACCAACGACGACAUCAAUAAUGUUGUCACUAAGCAUUCACCUCAAAUUUUAAUCGAUUCUGGAUUUUCUUCAGGAAAUAGUUCCGACGAUGAUAUGUUCGUUAUGGAUGAUAUUCAUUCGAAUCAUGAUAUCUCAAAAGCUCUGAAAAGUAUUUUAAAAAUCGGCGGUCAAUAA